GGUUCCCCGAAAGAGCCCCCCUCCCCCUAUGUAGAGGCUACAGUAUUCCCCGAGAGUGCUCCAACGGUUCCCCGAGUUUCUUCCCCCCACGUCCGGUGAGGUCGUUCCUAUCCCCAUAUGUGGGGGGAUCUCGGCGUCCCUGGACGCACCGGCCGUUGGUUGCCGCCGUUCUCGCGCGCCGGGAGCGAAAGCGGGAGCGAGGGAGGCGACGGCGAAGUUGCUGGUUCUGUGAAGCUGGAGGCCGGGAGCGAGGUGCGCGAGGUGGUGGCGGUUGAUCUGGUUGGCGGCGGGGGCGGGCGUUCCGGCGACGUUGCUGGCGUGGGGGGUCGGCGGCGCGGGGCUAGAUCCACGAGCUCCCCGCGCGCGGGAAGCGGAUCCAGUUCGAGGGGGAAGAAGCGGCGCGGCGAGAUCUGGCGGCGCUCGCAGAGCUCGUCACCGAAGCCUCCCCGCAAGAAGUGCCGCAGAUCUGCGAGGACCAUGGAUGGCCGGUGGGACUUUACUGCAGGCUUGCCGGACCUCUCCGGUCCGUCUGGCACACCGUAUCAGGACAUGUUGAAUAUGCCAGGUUUUGAAGAACCUGUGCAACCUGCUCCUACUCAUGCUUUCGAGCCAGGUUCUAGGCAGGGUGGUUCGGGGAAGCCGCGCAAGAAAACUGUCUCCAGACCGAAACAAAACAACUUUUCAAUCGAGGAAGACAAGAACCUAGUGUCCAGCUGGCUCAAUGUGAGCUUGGAUCCAGUUAAAGGCACGGGACAGCGGAAGUCAUCUUUUUGGAAGGCCAUUGAACAGAACUAUAAUGCCCAGAAAGGUCCCAUGUACCCUAUCCGCACGCUUCGCAGCCUUGAGGGUCGAUGGUCUGAUAUUAAGGAACAAGCAAAUAAGUUUGAGAGCCACUACAACAACAUCCUUAAUGAGAGGCGCAGUGGCUACAACGAUAUGGACAAGAUCGCAGCAGCCAUUGAGUUGUACAACAGUCUGGAAGAUAGGCCGUUCACCACUAUCCACUGCUGGGAGAUGCUUCGCAACGAACCUAAGUGGAUGGACCUAAACAACCAUGGAAAGCAGGACCGAGGUCGGGUCCCCGAAGAUGUUAAUGCGCCCAUCGAUGUCACAGAAUCUGGAUGUGGGGAAGCCGGGAGCGAGAGUCAGAUUGGUACUUCCAAGAGGCCUCCGGGGAGGGACAUUUCGAGGUCAGGCAAACGGACUUGCUCCAGUGGGUCUCCUAGUGAUGCAGGGUCCGAGUUCUCUUCUAUGCUGUCUGCAAUGCACAUUCAGAAGAUGGACUUGAUCAGGACAUUUGACGAUUGUGUGGCAAGCAAGAUGGACCGGCUGGUUACCAUUCAAGAAAAGAACAUUGAGUUGAAGAAGAAAAAAGAUGCCCGGGAGCAGGAGUUACGGGACGAGCGCAUCAUGGCUAUUGACCUGACCACUUGCAAUCCCGGACAGCGUGUCAUGUACGAGGCAAUGCAGCGAGAGAUUUUACAGCGCUGGGCUGCAGGCAAUGAAGCUGCUCCAUAGAUUGUUCUGUUACUUUUACUACUGCAGUGUGUGAACUAGUAUAACUUGUACCGGGCUUUGUCGUUGGAUUUGUUCUGAACUAUUUCGUUUGGACUCGCGUUCUGUUGUGAACUACGUCCUGAUGUUGUCAACUUUUUAGUUCCGACUUGCUAUA